AUGGCUCCAUCAAGAAACAAUAUAAUCACAGUGAUUCUCAUCUUUUCUCUCAUAUUUCUACCUUCCAAAUCAGAUUUAGUAGUUCAGUCGAAGUACUUAUCAACAAGUGAGAUUGUGCAGCAAAUGAAAAUGGUGUUGGGUUCAAGACCUCCAGCUUGCGUGAACAAGUGCAUGAAUUGUAGGCCUUGUUUGGCUACUCUAGUUAUUCCUCCACACCAAAAGAAGGGCUUUAGAGAAUCAUCUCAUGGAGAGGAGGAUAACUAUUAUCUCCUCUCAUGGAAGUGCAAAUGUGGAGAAAAGUUUUAUAAACCAUGA